UUGAAUUUGGCGCAUCACAAUCCCCUCCUCCAAUGACCGGCUUGCAAGCGGAUUCUUCCAACGGUGACAAUAGUAAUAAUAAUAGAUAUGAAAUCAACACACUAAUGCCUGAUUUAAUUUAUUCUAGUUAUAAGGUAGACUGUGCCUAUCAGGGUAAGAGUUUAGAUUUUGAAAAUAGUAGGAAAUUUGUGAACCCAGUACUAGAUAACGUUAACUCCAAUCAGAACUUCAAUAAUUCUGAAAAUGCUAGGGAUAAGUCUCAAAAUUUACUAUCACAACCUAAAAAUACACAUAGUAUAGAUGAAAAUCGAAUGCUAAAUUCUACAGAUAAUUGUGAAGAGGUUAGAAAUAAUGUAUUGUGUGACCUUGAAAAUGAUAAUUCUGAAAACCAUUUGUUUAAUCCAACUAUUAACAAAGAUAAAAAUUCAAAACUUAAACGUUCAGAUACUUACAUCAAGGACAGACCAUCCAUGUUAAUAAAUCCAAACAACAAUGAUAGAAGUAGACAUAAAACCGUGUUUAACCCUGUGAAUGGUAAAAGUAGGGAACUAGUUAAUUCAAAUACUUACGAUGCAGACCCAAUGAUAUCUAGUUUUGAGUAUGGGGGUAAAGAUAUGAACCAGGGAGAUAUUAUGCUGGGAAGUAUUUAUGAGUUUAACUUGGAAGCUAACCAGUCUGAGACAGAUUGUAUGUUUGAUAGAAAUGAUUUCGUUGAAUCUGAUUUCAUCAUUGAUGAUUCUGAUGAUGAUGUGAAUUUUUGUGAUGAUGUGUCAUCAGGGUUUGUUAAGGGAGAGGAUAGGAACCUUAAUGCAGGAGGAUGUAGUAACAAUGAUGUGUCGGAGUGUGUGGAGAACUCUUUGUACAGUUAUGGUGGGUCAGUUAAGAUUGAUAGUGAGAACAAUAAUAUGCACGAUGGUUAUGACAAUCUACAGAACUUGGGAGGGAAACGCAGUGAAGAUGGACCCUAUGCCAAUAUCACAUCAAAUAUUUCGCAGAACAUCCCAUUGAGUAAAGUGAAAUCGUUGAUCAAUGAAUUAGACACAGAGAGCGAUCUGCUGUUGAGUGAGGAGAUCUAUGAGACAAUCUACUACUACAAUAAGAAUAAAAGUAGCAGUAAUGAAUGUUUGAAAGAGGAGGAGGAGGAGGAUGAGGAGGAAGAUGAAAUUUUGAUAGUAGAACAGGAAGUGGAAGAGGGGGAAGAUGAGUAUAGAAUAGGUGGUGGGGAGGAAAGGAGUUCAACUUAUGUGGAACUGAUGAACAGUACACAGGAAGAAACCGAUAACAUGUCUGUGGCGGAGAGUCUAGUGUGUGAUGAUGAAGUGGUCUUGGAGCAAGAGUGUGGAGGCCGAGUGAAGCAGAGGGAAAUGUUAGAGCAAGAGUGUGGAGGCCGAGUGAAGCAGAGGGAAAUGUUAGCUCUGCCAAUAGGACAUGAUGUCAUUGUACAGUCUGAUCAGAGUAGAAUGGCUGGCAAAGUUGAUGUAGAAAGACUGGAUCUUGCUAGAAAACUUCAUGGCGAGGGACUAGAUCACAGUCAACUAGUUUAUCUUGCAAGAAAACUUGAGGGUGAGGGACUAGAAGGUAAUAAACAUGAUAUUGAGAGACUAGAUGGUAGUAAACUUGAAGUUCUUGCAAGAAAUCUUGAUGUUGAUGGACUAGAUUACAGAGAACUGGUUUAUCUUGCAAGAAAGCUUGAUAUUGAGAGGUUGGAUCUUGAUGUUGAAGGAUUAGAUAGUAGUAAACUUGAUGAUAUUACAAGAAAACUCGAUGUUGAGGGAUUAGAUCACAGAAAACUAGUUUAUCUUGCAGGAAAACUUGAUUUGGAGGAACUAGAUGGCAGUAAACUGCAUGAUCUUGCAAGAAAACUUGAAGUCAAAAGGCUAGAUGGUAUAAGAUUGGUUGAUCUUGUUGAUGUUGAGGGUUUAGAUGGUAGCAGACUUGUUGAGACACUGGAUGAAGGUAGACUACUUGACCUGGCUAGGCAAAUCAAUGUUGUGGGAGAUGAUCUGCCACAUGUUUCACAUGAUGUUGCUCUGCCGGUGCCGUCACUGUUUGUAAUUGACAGAACCGAAACAGUUGAAGAAGUUCCCUGUGUGAGGAAUGUUGUCACAGUUGAAAAGAUCUGUUUUCGUGAGCAGAAGCGUAGAAGCUCCCUGGAAACGGAUGAGGAUCUCUUGGGCAAAAGUUACAGUGACUCCAUUUUGAACCGGAACGAUGCACAGAACUCGAAAGGAUUCAGGUUUAUGUGGUGGAAGAAAGACGGUGGUAAGGAUAAGUUGACUCGUAGCAGUAAAUCGGUGAACGAGGCCAGACCUAUGAAAACGGUUCACAAUAAUUCGGUAGCCAGUAGUAAGGAUUCCGUGUACGGUAGUACAGAUCUGGCAGUUUUUGAGAAUGAUUUGGAGCCUAGUAAAAAUGGCAGGCAGCGUCGUUACGAUAAGCAGAAGAAGAACCAUGGUCUGAGUCCAUGUUGUGUUGGAUAGGAAAAGUAUGAAAUUAUUUAGAAAUUCAAUAGUUAUAUUGAGAAGUGUAGUUUCAAACUGCAGAAACUUAUAAUCAUAAAAAAAUCUCCUUUAAAAACAAUUGUAUAAAUUCCAAAUUGCAUCCUUUAAGAUGAAUAAUUUUUGUGAAUAUGAAUUUGGAAAUAAUCUAAAUAUUUGAACUAUUUAUGAGACAAGUUGCAAGUCAAAAACUGUAAGUUUUAAGUUGCUUAACUUUAAUAGAUUUACUCGGUAAAUAGGCAUAUUGAUGAGUUUAAUCAAUGAUCAAAUUAUGUUUUCUAUUGAUUUCAUUCAAACCACUCUACUGUACCCUAGUCAGUACUUGGCCUCAACAACACAUCCUUUCCAACGAUUCUGAUCACAGCAUCAUUCUUAUUUAGCGCAAAUUUCUCAUGUCUUUUCGGGCCUGGUUCCACCAUCUUGUUUUAGGCCUUCCUUCCUAUAGGAUUGCCCCUCAGCACACUCUGCUUGUUAAUGAGUCCCUUCUUUCCUUAAAACGUGCCCCAUCCACUGCAACCUUCUGCUUUUAAUCUCAACUAUUUCUGGUUCACAGAUGUAAAUGAAUUGGGAGUUGCAUUUGUUUAAAUUUCGUUUAAUAAUAAUUAUUUCUGGUUCCUUGAAUAGCUGGCAUAUUUCACAGUUGUGUUUUAUCCUCCUAACUCCAUUCUUGGGCCAAAGAUUUUUCCAAGUACCUUGUUUUCAAAAAAAAAAAAGAUUUUUUCUUCUUUUUUGUACAGUAUCCAUGUUUCUGAACCAUAUAGCAGUAUGAUGGUUUUGUAUAGUCUUAGCUUUGAUGUAUGUGAGAGGUGUCUUGAGCUAAGCAACUUAUUGCAUGCAUAAAAGCUUCUAUUUGCCUUUCAUAUUUUGUUAGUCACUUCCAGGUCUUCUAAGUUGAUGUGUCACUUUCAAGUAUGUGAAAGUAUCUGCCUUUUACAGCAGCCGCGGUCAUUCCUGCUCCAAUUGUGUAUAUUAAAGUUGUUGCGGUUAAAAAACUCAUAGUUGGAUCUGUGUCCUCAAUGCUGGUUCACCAACUGGCAAUUCGGGACCUCUUGUAGUGUCUUUUUAGAGGAAGAAAUUUUGGAUUUUUCGGUGGCAGCAUGUUCUUCACAACCAAAUGGGCAGGUCUGCGUUAUGACCUGCAAGGGUCUUUUCAUCGUUUUGCAAGAAAUAAAUUAUGUCAGAUUUUUUGCGGGGCAGCAUACUAUUCACAACCACAUGUGCAGGUCUGCUUUAUGACCUGCAAGGGUCUUUUCAUCGUUUCGCAAGGAAUAAAUUAUGUCAGAUGUUUUGCGGAGCAGGUUCUUCACAACCGAAUGGGGCAGGUCUGCUUUUUGGCCGCAAGGGUAUUUUCGUUGUUUUGUGAGGAAGAAAUGUCAAUAAUUGGGUGAAAAUUUACUCUAGCACCAGAUUAUCUACUUCCUUUACUCUAUUUAUCUAUCUUGAAGCAAAUAAUAAAAUUAAUUUGAAGGUCAAGUCAUUUUAUAUCAAUAUUAUUACUCUCCAUCAUCAAAUCAAAUAAAUCCAAAUUAAUUUGAAGGUCAAGUAAUUUUAUAACAAUAUUAUUACUCUCCACCAUCAAAUCAUAUAAAUCCAAAUUCCAUACAUGAUUCCUUGACUGUUUAGAGUCUAUUAUUCAAAUAAUAAUAUUUCAUUAUAUCAUUUUUUUCUCUGAACCUUUUAAUGUUGUUGGAUUGAAGUUUGGAAUAUUUCUUGGAUGGUUUCCUUAAAUAAUGAUACAUGCAAAACUACUCAUAGCAUUUUAUCAAUGUUAAUCUAAUGUUUGCCAUAUUUACGGUAAUAGUUAUUGUCUUUCCAUAUAUUAUUAAAUUUGGAUGGAGUUUUUCCUGAAUUGGUAUAGAUGUAUUGUAUUGGUAUUAUUGGUAUAAUGUUUCGUUGUCGGCUGUGAUCUGUGUAAUCAUAAAAUUAACAUUGAGAUCGUUUGAUCGAUUAUUUGCUAGUGUUUUUACCAACAAAUUUUUUGUUUCUUGAUAAUGAAUCUGAAUUAAUUAUUCUCAUUUGAAGAUCAGUUUUCAGUUUUUAAUAGCAAAUACGUUAAUCUAGGAUCCAUAGGAGCACACAUACUUAUUACCUUAUAUCAAUCAUCUUUUUUUUCAAAAUUUCAAUUUAAAUACAUGAGAAGUUUUUCAUUUUUUUAGAUUUCUGAAAGUAGGAAGUCAUGAAAAAUAAAUUAUGCUCAAUAUUGUUGAAAUUAGCCACUGUUCAUAAAAAUAAUUGUAGGUCAAUUUUUCGUAGUGUAAAGAAGAAUUGUUAGAUAGGGGUGCUAAAAUUGAUAAUUUUCUGGUUACGGUAUUUGUUCUGGUUGAAAGAUUCGUAGAUUUGAAUUUGUUUAAGUAUUCUUUGUAGAAUUUAUUUAUCCAAUAGCCGUUUUUACACUCACCGACACAACACCCAGACGUUUCUUAGAUGAUUCAAGGUAAAAUAUAAAUGAACUGUACUGUAUCUAUGAAUAAUGUAUUAUUAAUCCUAAACCAAUGAGAACAAUAACUUAGCAUGUAUCGAGACAUUAUACUUCUAAUGGUUCUUCUUAUACUUCUAAGAAUGGUAGGUAGCUCAUUUUGCUAUUCAUAAACGAAGCUGAUAAAGGUAAUUUGAAUUUGUAAAAAUAUCCUCCUCCGUUAUGAACUGCGUGCUAACAUUCACAAGAACUUCAACAAAGAUAUUUUCUCUCGAUUUUUAAAAUUAAAUUUAAAAACAUUUUGAUCCACAGGAGAUUUACAUUACGGUGGCUUAACCCAUUAAUAUUAUUAUUGAUUUAUCAAUAUCAAUAAUUUAUAAUAAAUGAAUAUAAUGAUUUAUAUAAAUAUUUUUUUAGUAUCAAUUUAUUCAUCAAUAUUUAUUAUUUUUCAUUCUUACAACUUACCCCAAAACUUAUUCCUCACAUUCCCAUAGCCAUGACUCUUAUAGUCUCCGAGGACUUUAUAAAGAUAGCUGAUUUUUGAAAUAGUAAUUUAGGAAUGCCACAUUAUUGGUAGGCUACUACUCCCUACUCCCUACUGUAUUCAGUUUAAUAUUAACAAAUCCAGGCUGCCAUAUUAUUUAGUACAUAUUUGCUUUGUUAAAGCUUAUUUAGUUCCUAUUUUUUAUUAGCAGCAACCGUUUUAGACAUUUUAUAAAUUUAGCUUAUAAUAAUAGGUUGCUAACUUAGUUAGUAGGUUAUUUAAUAUAAAUGCGAAAACUUUAACAAUUUAUAAUCUGUCUGAUUGAAUUGGAUUGAACCAAUUUCUAUUGAGUUAAUCAAGUCAAACAACUGUUUCCAUCAUAAAAAUUUAGUUGAAACAAAUUGCUGAUUUACGAAUUUAUUUUUGUAAAAAAUUACAUAUUUUUAGGAAGACCCUUCAAAAUGUUUAUAAUUUCAGGAUAUUUUCAUAUUUCCUCUUCUGCCAUAUUAAAGGUAUAAUCUUAGAUGGGUUUGAAAGAUAUCAAAUCCUUUUAAUAUACCAAUUGUCAACGCUGUUUUAUUUUUUAAAGUUUUAUAGCAGUCGUUGAAAAAUGCUCAUUUGAUUUAUUAUAGAUGAGUGUCAUAUUACAUAGUCAUAAUACUAAAAUGUAUCAUAUGCCAUAAGUCGAAAUUAAUGAUAGCGUAGUCGUCCUAACCGUUAUACUGGACUAAUUUGUAUAAUAAUGAAUGAUUCUCAAUAAUGCUAAAAACUUGUUCUACUAUUAUUAAUAAUGCACACCAUGACAAAAUCUCAGGCUAUAUCAUCAUCUCAUCUUAAUAAAAUCUUGUACUUUAAUGAAAGUCGUUAGGGAUUUCUAGAUUCUUUCAAACUUAACAUCUCUUAGUAGAUAAAAAUAAAGGCUUUUCCCUUCAUUAUUAUAAUGUCUUCUUUUAAUCUUCCUUCACUUGUUAGAUUAUAAUAGUAACAAAAUUAUCCUAUUUUUAUAUAACUUGUUGCUAAGAUAUUUUUAUAUAUAAUUUUUUUGAAAUGAUAACCUUGUGUGUUUCAAUUCUUUUACAGAUUAUGGAAUUGUCCGAAAAUGUAAUUUUUUCACGUAAAUUCCAAUUUAUUAUAAAAUUAAAUUCAUCUAGAUGCUAAUUUUUGUUGAUUAUGAUUGGAACAAAAAUUGAAUUUCUGAGUUAUUCGAAUGUAUUGUAAAAUAAUUGAAUUGUCGCCCUGAAAGAAUUGAACUUCCGAGCUUUAUAUAAUUAUAAUGAUACUGUUACAAACAACCAAAGAAUUGGUACAACUAUAUAAUAAUAUACUAAAAACAAUAUUAUAUUUUGUGGUUGUGUGUAGCUAAAAUUGUAACAUUGUGUAAUAUAUAAAAUUCAUAUCUUAUUUGUAUCAUAUCAUAAUAUACUAAUGCACAGUAGAACCUUGAUAUUCCGGAUAAAUUUGAUCUAAAAAUAUUAUCAAGUUUCAAAGUAAAGCCUUUUGAAGAUGAUGAAAUUAUUGAUUAUUGCACUGUAUAAAGAACAUUGUGUGCUACAUGAGAAAAUAAACUUAUGUCUAACAAAAGCUCUUGAUGAGGAAUUCAUACAUUAUUUGAAUUAUUUUUAUAAUAUAGCAUAUUAAUUCGUCAGUUAUAAUUGGAUUCAAGUAUAGAAAAUGAACAUUUCAUGAUCAUUUUGUUUGAACAUUUUUCAUGAUUUUUAUCCGUGAUGUGAUGAAAACCUUUCACUUUUUUGUAAGUUUUUCAAGACGUAAUAAAUCAAUAACUCUUGUUUUUGUGAUAAAAUUAAAAUUACAGGUUUUAUUGCUCUACCUAUGCCCAGUUGCAGAGUCGCUACAUAAAGUCACCCAUAGUUAACAAAGUCAUUAGUUAAUAACUCGCCCAUAAAUAGAUGUUCGUUGCAGAGUCGUUUGCCAGACCCCUUUUAACUAUGGCUCUGAUAAGCCAAACAAAUAAGUCACACUGUUGCUCAUACCACUUUUUGCGUGGUGUGCUUCUAUCCAACUAAUGUAUUGGCAACGGGGAGUGAAUCACUGUGAACAGUUCUUCCAAACCUCCAGUCGGAUGACGUCAUAACAUGGCGCUUAUUUAUCACAAAACUGCUGUCUGCUUAUUGUGUUGUUUAUGUUUUGAGGUUCCGAAUCAAGAUCGUAAACUGCAGACUUAUUUGUAAUUAUUUUCAGUUAGCUUGAUUUUUUGAUAGCUGAAUGAAUGAAUUAAGUAAAAUAAAAUUAGAGGUAGAAGUAAAAUAAGUAACUAAUAAGUAAAUAAUAAGUAUUUAUUAUUGUAUAAUAUUAAUAAAAAAAAUUUACCAGAAUUAUUUCAUUGCCUUCUGGCAUUUUGAUAUAUCUUGGCAAAGCAGCCAAUUUACAAGAUAUAUUUCUAAUGACUCUGCAUACGGUGCUUAUUAUUAAAGUUAAUAAUAAUUUAUUCAAAUUUAUUGAAAAUUAUAUUACAUCUUCGUUCAAGCUACUUGAAUAGUCAAUAUUUUAUUCAGUUUAUUUACACUUUAUCUACAGUUCCAAAUAGUUAACGUUAUUAUAAUGUAAUGUUUUCGGGCCAUUUUCGUCUGUCUUUUAAAACAUGCAAACAAGUCAACAUUACCUUAAAAUACACUUGGCGCGAAUAUAUAGUAGUUUUAUAAGACGAUUUUGGGCAUUUAAAUAAAGAGCACUUUUAGUUAUUGGUAGCCUCAGAUGACGUCAUCUGCCUGGAGGUUUUUCGUCUCUGCAACGGAAAAACCUGUUUGUUGGCGCGUUGUUACCUAUCGGCAGGGCAAUAGCUAACAAAACGUCUCUGCAACGAAAUUGGCCUGUUAAAUUGUUAAGUCCGCGCUGUUAACUAUGGGCGACGUUAUUUGUCGACUCUGCAACCGGGCAUAAGUACUGUACCUAAGAACCUGUAAUUCUCACUGAGAUUAAUAACAUUUACUCAAUUGUAAUUUGUUACUUGUGUCAACCAUAUACUCGUAAUUGAAUUUUCACCUCACAAAUAAAUACAAUUGUUGAACCACUUUACACCUGAUGCAAUUUGAGUGAAUGCAAAUUAAGUGGUAUUUUAUAAUUGGGGGGACUUCUGUGCAGCCUAUUUUUUUAAUGUAUUGUUCUUCAUUCAUUCUAUUGUUGAAUUCUCACUUCUCCAACAAUCUGUUGAGUUUGAUAUUGUGAUCUGUUACUUUUUGCUAUAAUCAAACUUUGUAUUAUAUUAUUUUUUGGGAUCAUUUGAAGAAGAGCCCUACCAGAGCAGAACAGAGUCAUAACCGACGAAUUUAUUUAUAUUUAUCUGAAUUAUAUACUCGCUCGCUAGAGAGCGUCCCUGGAUAACCAUGAAUCCAGAGAUUUCCUCGUGGUAUGCCAACUAUACUUACCGGCUUAUAAAAUGAGGGUUUUUUGACAGGGCUAUUCUUGAAAUGAUCCCAAGUUCGAUUAUAGAAACAUUUCAACUGUGAUUUAUAGGUUAAUUUUAAUAUGUUACUUAGUACUGCUUAGUUGAAACUGUUAAAUUGCAAAUUUAUUGAGUUAUCCUUCAGUUAAUUGAGAUUUGUAGUUUUUUAUAUUAAAUUUUAAUACUUAAAAUAA